ACAUAUGUUGUUUAAUUUUUUUCUUCACUUUUGCUAAAAACGCUCAUGUCCGCAUGCCGCCUGUUGCCGAACCCUGGACAAGAGCGACAUACCAUCGAAGACGUACAGUAGAGGGGAGUGUCCCCGUUCCAGCCCUGCACUCUCUUUGCUGUCGUCAUGAACUGCACCUUCUUUUUUUCUAGCAGCGCGCGCAGUGUUGUUCCUGUCCUGCCUGGCUGUUGCUCAGCAACACGAAGGCGUGUCCACCAGCGAUGAUUUAAGCGUCUGCCUGUUCCAUUCGCUGCGUCCACAAGCAUGGCUUGGAGUGAAGUAUAGCGCCACAUCAUCUCGGACUGUCAACCCGUGAAGAAUACACAACUGAUGCUGUACAACAAACGGUGUAUUUACCAGAAGAAAUUCAUCAGAGGAACCAGGCAACCCACCAAGUGACUUCGACAAUAUGGCAUUGAGCGGGACGCUUUUGCCAUCCAUAUCCACAUUUGCAAGCGGCCCGAAUGUCAAGAAUAAAUCCAUGGGACAUGCGAAUUUAAGAUGGAAGGAGGAUAUCUCCACUGGCAUGACCAAGAAAGAGCCUGAAGAUCUGGACCUGCUAGACUAUGACUUUAUCCUGUCCAACACUAUGCUACAACAGCAGGCUGAGGCCAUGGCAGCAAGCGGGUCCCAGAACCUGUCCCCUUCCCCGGGCUCCUACUCCUCCUACCAGCUCCCCUCUCCCCAGGACUCUGCCCACAGUGACAUGCUGUACACCAUCCCUGACAUCAGCGACGUGUCCCCCUCUGGGGGGUUCGUGGCCGAACUGAUGAGGCCUGAAUUGGACCCAGCAUACCUCCACCCCACCAGCCUCCAUGGCAAGUUUGUGGUGAAGACCACCAUGGAUAUGGCAGAAUACGGCCAAAGCAUUAAUGUGAUUAGUAAAGCCGGUGUUGGUGUCAGUGCUGCCACGGACCCCUCCUCCUUGCCUUUUGUUUGUCAUAUGAUAAAGCAGGAGAACCCCAGCAUGUGCAACAUCACCCAACCCAUGGAUCUCCACCUUGGGGGGGUGAACUCACACUCCCAGCCCAGAACUGGACAGAGGCCUCACCUCGACCCCCACGGUUUCUCCCCAGGGGGGUGUCCUAUGACAGCCAGCCGGUCAGCUUCAUCUCUGUCUCCAGACCACCACCCUUCCAGCCAGGUGUUAUCCCACCCCCAGAUCCCUCUGCCUGGCCAGGGCUACCACCACAGCUCUCCGACAAGCUACUCGCCCUUCCCUCAACAGCCUGGGUCUCUACGGUACCAAGAGCUCAUGUCCCCGGGCGGAGACUGUCUACCGGAGGAGCCCAAACCCAAACGCGGCCGGCGCUCCUGGCCCAGGAAGAGAAUCGCAACACACACGUGUGACUACGCCGGCUGUGGGAAAACGUACACCAAGAGCUCCCACCUCAAAGCACAUCACCGAACGCACACAGGAGAGAAGCCUUAUUGCUGUGACUGGGAGGGCUGCGGCUGGAAGUUUGCCCGUUCAGACGAGCUCACACGGCACUACAGGAAACACACGGGGCAUCGCCCCUUCCAGUGUGCCAAGUGUGACAGGGCCUUCUCAAGGUCUGACCACCUGGCUCUACACAUGAAGAGACACCUAUGAGACACUCACUGGACACCAUGGACCAAUACUAAAAUACUAUAAAUAUUAUUAAACAGCGACCUGAACUUGUGACUUACAAAUAAACAUUGCCUUCUAGCCAUCCAUUGUCAAAGCACCAAUACAAGCUAUGUGUUUCCUGGUAGUGUUACACUCUCAAGGGUCCAACCCUAUGACUAAAGACUGUUCUUUGUCCAUCUAUGGGCUUGUGAUCUGACAUUUGACAAGACCCCUCAGAACAACCUCUUUUGUGGGACAAAACUGGAAUUGCUCAUCUAUUUAUCGACAAAACCUGGAGGACUAGGUGCCAACGUAUGACUGGAAAUGUAUUAGUAGAGAGUUACAGGGACAGCCCUAGCCACUAAGCGACCACCGUUUUUUAAAAUUGUCUGAAGAUUAUGAUAAUUUUUCCUAAAAUGUAAAUUGCCUUUCACAUACUAAUGGGGGAGGAAUCAGAAAGAUCAUAUACUAAUGGGGGAGGAAUCAGAAAGAUCAUAUACUAAUGGGGGAGGAAUCAGAAAGAUCAUAUACUAAUGGGGGAGGAAUCAGAAAGAU